UUACUGGAACUGGGUUGGAAAUAGCGCUUGCACGUUUUGUUUGGCCGUCAGUUCGGUGCUCUUUCACCCUUAUUGGAAAUGGGGGAAGUGACAGGGGCGCAGGUUAUUGCCGAGGCUCUCAGGGUUCAGAAUGUGGAGUAUAUGUUUGGCAUCGUCGGCGUGCCAGUCAUUGAGAUCGCCAUGGCAGCUCAAGCCGCAGGGAUCAAGUACGUGGGAAUGCGCAAUGAACAAGCGGCUUGCUAUGCAGCGUCUGCGGUCGGGUACCUCACUGGACGCCCUGCAGUGUGCUUAGUGGUAUCAGGUCCCGGGCUCAUCCAUGCCCUGGGAGGGAUGGCGAACGCCAACAUUAACUGCUGGCCUCUGCUUGUUAUUGGCGGCUCCUCGGAUCGAAACCAAGAAACCAUGGGGGCUUUCCAGGAGUUUCCUCAGGUGGAAGCCUGUCGACUGUACAGCAAGUUUGCCGGCAGACCGAGCAGUGUUGGGGCCAUUCCGUCAGUGAUCGAGAAGGCCGUUCGGACCAGUAUCUACGGCCGUCCAGGUGCCUGCUACAUCGAUAUCGCCGGAGACAUGGUGACCGCUAGCGUGGACAAAUCUGGAGUGAGGGUCGUGCCACGUUGCCCGCCCCCACCCCUGAGCUUGGCUGAUCCCGCGGAAGUCGCAGAAGCAGUCUCUGUAUUGAAGGCAUCCAAACGGCCACUGAUAAUUGUUGGAAAAGGGGCAGCCUAUGGGCGAGCGGAGGAUGAGAUUUGCCAGCUGGUGGAGCUCUGCGGAUUGCCCUUCCUGCCCACCCCCAUGGGUAAGGGCGUCCUGCCAGACGAUCACCCGAACUGCGUGGCUGCAGCUCGAUCCAGGGCUCUGCUCGAGGCUGAUGUCGUGCUGCUCCUGGGCGCGAGGCUCAACUGGAUCCUGCACUUCGGCCACCCUCCCAGAUUUAGCCCCCAAGUGAAGGUCAUCCAGGUUGACCUUUGUGCGGAGGAGCUGGGGAACAACGUGAAACCGGCCGUCGCCCUCUUAGGAGAUGUUCGCAGCGUCGUCACUCAGAUUCUGGGGUGUGUCCGCAAAGACACGUGGAAGUAUGGCUCUGAUACAGAGUGGUGGAAGAGGCUGAGGGAGAAGAUGGCCGCCAAUGAAAAAGUGUCCCAGGCGCUGGCUCUUCGCUCAUCACUCCCAAUGAACUACUACACCGUGUUCCAGCAUGUCUCUCAGCUCCUGCCACGCGAUUGCAUCAUCGUGAGUGAAGGAGCCAAUACCAUGGACAUUGGGCGCACCAUGCUCCAUAACUCCCUCCCGAGGCACAGGCUGGAUGCCGGGACGUUCGGGACCAUGGGGGUGGGGCUUGGCUUCAGCAUCGCCGCUGCUAUGGUGCAGAGUGACCCGAGCACAAGGCAGCGAGUGGUCUGUGUGGAGGGGGACAGCGCCUUUGGGUUCUCCGGCAUGGAAGUGGAAACCAUCUGCAGGUACAAGCUGCCGGUGAUCAUCAUCGUCGUCAAUAACAACGGGAUAUACAGCGGCUUCGACGUGGAGACGUGGAACGAGAUGGCAAAGAUGGGCGACCUCACCACCAUGGCCCCUCCCGUCACGCUGCUGCCGGAAGCCCGCUACGAUGAGGUCAUGUCGGCGUUUGGUGGGCGGGGCUUCCUGGUACGGACACCGCGGGAGCUGCGGGAGGCGCUCAGCGUCAGCCUGGACGACUGGGAGAGGCCGAGCUUACUGAACGUGCUGAUAGACCCAGCUUCAGACAGGAAGCAGCAGGAGUUCCCCUGGUUGACACGCUCUAACCUGUGACGGAAUGAAUGGGGCAGCCUGCAGGAGUCCUGCCCCCCCCCCCCCCCCCCCCCCCGGCCAGAGAGAACAGCAUUUUCUGUACUUCAUAUUCUGUUAUCAGAAUUUUCUAAUUGCUUUGAAAUUUGUAGAAUGUGUAACCAGGAUAUAUGAAAUGUACAAUACUGUGGAAAUGUUUUAGGGACUUGCAAAAAAUGCUCUAAAGUGUGAAUGCUUUGAAAAACAAUACCAUGAUUAAUUAUUAUUAAUUAACAUAAAACGUGCAUAAAGAGACAAAAACGUAAAUCAAAUCAAUAUUUGGUGCAACCCUCCUUUGCUUUUAAAACAUCAAUUGUCUUAGGUAUUCAUGAACACAGGUAAAGAGUUUGUAGGCAUAUAGUCCAUGACUGAUCAAUUAGACAAUCAUUACGCAAAGCAGAAAUGGCUGUGAAGGAGGAAUGAAACUGGGUGAGUUACUUGUAUGAUCCAUGACAGUGUCAUUCUAAGAAUCUAGUACCAUGGCUGGCCUUUGUUACAGACACACAGUGCUCUAACUGCAUCAUCAAGCUCUCUCUGAAGUAGAAAGGCAAACUGGUCUUUUCAGAUGUGCUGUCCAAGGUCUUCUGCGGUACAAAGAAUCGGGCGUCACUAAGGACUGAAGGUGCAGCGGUCGGCCAAGGAAAUUUAGCGCCGCAGAUGAGAUGCAUCAUGUUGGCUUCCCCUGGCAGUUGGAAGAUGUCCAGCGGCACCGUCAGCUCAUACUAGGCGGAAAUCAGCGGGACCUCGGUACGCUCGUGUGCAGUCCAAGGAAGUCUGGUCAGAAGGGGUCUUCAUGCAAGAAUCGCAGCUAAUAAAACUACCUCUGUCAUGGAAACAAGGUUAAGCAACUCGCCGCUGCACAGACACAGAAGAACUGGGGGCAGGAAGGUGGCAGCAGGUGUUCUGAACUGACGAGUCAAAAUUCUAAGUAUUUGGCUGCAACAGAAGGUAGUUUAUUCACUGAAUGGCCUAAAGAACUAACUUCAAGGAUAAGAACGACAGUGGUUGCUGGAAGAGGCAGAUUGACCUGCACAGCUCCCACACAGCCUUCAUUUCAGCAUGGAGACAUUUUGCACAAUUCUUUGUGUUCUAAUUCUUCUUCAGCCAUAUUAAAACCACAAAAGGCAUAAUAUUUUGACUUCCAGGCUGUUUAUAACAUAAUUACUCGUUUAUGAUUAAAUUGUGUACAGUACAGUAAUAACUGUAAUAAUACAGUAAUAAUAAUUUGCAGUUACAAUAGUAGUAAGGCUUGUUCUAUGCCAAAGGGUGAUAUUCUCACAAGCUGAGUGUAAAACUUUAAACAAUUGAAGGAAAUGCUUUUUGUGCCGCAUCUCGGUUGUGUAGAAGUUGAAGGGAGGCAGCAGAGUUUAUAUCGAGGUUUUCCAUAUGUCACAUGGACCUAGUUUGUCCAAAAAAUUGCAUAACAUUUACAUCAGUGCUGCACAAGGCUUUGUGUGUUUCUCUCUACAAAUUGUGUUUUCACUUUGACGUUAAUAAGGUAUCCAUUGUGUCUGCUGGCUUAGUGUUAUAUGACCUGCUGAUUUCCAGGUUCAUCAUGGCCUGUUUGUGAUCUGCUUUAAUGAUCUUUAAUAAAUUAUGUAAAUAUU